AUGGCACCUAAGGUCAGGGGCAUCAUUGUUAAGUUGGAAGAAAUCAAUCAACAAGCCAGCGGGUUUGGACUGCAACAGAGAAUGAUAGACUCGCGGCUUUCUGCUUCUUCGGCUGGAAGCUCAAUGAAUCGAGAGACCAACUCUGUUGUUGCUCCAAAUGUUGUAGGACGAAAUGGCGAUUUAUCUAGAAUGCUAGAGAUGUUAUUGAGUUCUACUGAAAAGAAAUUCCAAGGCAGAAGACUUUUCAAGAUGAUACUUGAACAGCUAGAGGAAUGUGUUCAACCUGAUACAAGUGAAGAACCUAUAGUCCAAAAAACUCAAAAGCAACUCAAGGGAAGAAGGUAUCUGCUAGUUCUAGACGAUGUAUGGAAUGAAGAUCCGAUGUUAUGUGAUAGUUUUUACGAGUGUUUGGUGGGACUCAGCACAACCAGUGAAAGAAAUUGGUGUCUUGUUACUAGUCGUAGGGUAAGUACCGCAACCAUUAUGGGUACACAUGAUUAUUAUCGGUUAGGGAAACUGUCAGACGUGGAUUGUUGGUCGAUCUUGAUUGAAAAGGUAGCUGCAAAUGGCGAAGUAUUAGGGGAGUUGAUUGCACUGAAGAAGAAACUCGUAUUACGAUGCGCUGGUUUACCACUAGCAGCAAAAGUACUUGGAGAUGACAAGGGCCGCAGAAUUGAAGAACUUGGUUGUUUGCAAGAUCUUCAAGGUAGACUUUCCAUUCGCAAUCUCCAACUGGUAAAUGGUGAAGAGGGAGCUGUACAGGCAAAGUUAUCUAGUAAGCAAAAUUUGAUAGAGUUGGAAUUUCUGUGGGCCAGCAAGGAGGAUCGUGAAGGCAUUCACAAUUUCGAUGAAGAUGUGUUAGCAGGUCUUGAACCUCAUUCAAAUUUGCGACAACUAACAAUUACAAAUUGUAUGGGAGAACACUUUCCUGGAUGGUUUGAGAAUUUAUCAAUGUUAGUCAAAUUAAAGUUGGAAAAUUGUCACAAUUGUGUUGAACUUCCAAUGCUUGGACACCUUCCAUGUCUCGAAGAUCUGACAUUUAUGGCAUUGGAUAGGAUAAGUUGCAUUGGGGCUUCGUUCUAUGGCCUUAAUGAUGGAACAGGCGAAUCCACAAGUAAAAAAAGGAAGAAAUUUGUUGCCCUUCAAAAUCUCAGGUUUUAUUAUAUGCCAAAUUUGGCUGAAUGGGAGGAAGCCAAAGUAGGAGCAGUAGAAGGAGUUGUUGUGUUUCCGGUGCUCGAGAAUUUGACCAUUGUGGGUUGUCCUCAACUGAUCACCACGCCCACUCACUUUCCAAGUCUCAAGAAUUUGUCCAUCUUCAAUAACAGGAAUCCCGUGAUUGCCAAAGACAUCCUUAGCAAUGUUAAGGGCGCGUUUACGCUCAAAAUAGACAAAAUGGAUGGUCUGACCUGUGUUUCUGAUGUUUUUGGUUCAUGUGACGAGAACAAGAGUAAAGAUCUCACAAGUUUAAUUUUAGGCCAUUGUUCCAAUUUGGCGCGUAUACAGAAUAGUGAAAAGCAUCACCACUUCAAGUCUCUUCUGCAAAUUAAAAUCAGUAAUUGCCAAGGGUUGACCAGCAUAACAGGGGAAAUAAUGGAGGGGUGUUCAUCUCUCCAGUCUCUGGAAGUGCAUGACUGCCCGAAUCUGAUAUCGUUUCCGUUGGAUUUUCGACACACUCCUUGUCUGUCAGAUUUCUGGUUACAUGGUUGUCCCAAAUUGUUGGAUCAUAACAGAAAUAUGCCAAGAGGAUUCACUCACCUCUCCAGAUUGCAUGACCUGAGGAUUGGACCCUUUGCAGAUGAUGCUUCAGUGGAAAUGUUUGAUUGGUCAGGUUUGAUAUCAUCUCCCUCAUCCAUACGUAGGACUCUGUGGCUAAUUGGGUUGCCUGAUUUGGAGUCUCCGCUUCAUCGGAUCCAACUCCUGACAUCCUUGUCAAAGUUAACUCUCUCCGAGUUUGGAGCACUACAAGCUUUACCAGAUUGGUUAGGGAGCCUUGUGUCUCUCGAAGAACUCGAAUUAUGGAGUUGUCCGAAGCUGGAGCGUCUGCCCUCCAAAGGUGCCAUGAGCCGGCUUAACAAAUUAAAAGACAUUGGCAUUUAUGGAUGUCCUCUGCCGAGGGAAAGUAUCAGUGAAGAGAGAAGCCCAGGCUGUGAGUGGUCCAAGAUAUCUCAUGUCCCUCGAAUUUUGAUUGACGGAAGAAGAUAUUUCACAUCGGAACCCCACGAGUCGGGCAGAGUCAUAACGCAGCAUUUCUUCUCGAUCACGCCCACAGGUGAAGUAUUGAACAACAUUCGCGUGAGUACCGAGAGGUUUAGAGAAAAACGAGAAGAUGAUAAUCUCCUAGACGAAGAACUUGACAAGCAUUUGGACGAUAUCAUCAAUCAAACACAUGCUGCUUUAACCUUGGGCGCAAAUGAUGAGAUGGAGGUGGAUGAUACCCAAAUCCUGGUUGAUGAAGAUCCAUUUUUUCCCUCACAACCUCCGCCGGGUAAAAAAGCGAAACCGUGGUCAAGAGAUAAGAUUGGAGGAGGAAGAAAGAGAAAGGUCACAAUCCCCUCGGACAUCGCAACAAAGAACCGAGGGUCAACAAAAUGA